UUCACUCCGAUCAAAACACCAAAAAAAUCCAAAAAUCUUCCUUCCCCACGAAGGAAUUUCAAGAAUCGACAAACAAACCUAGGGAUCAUCAAAGCGUAAAAUUGCUAACAUUUUUGGUUUUCCGUUUUUCUCUGUGGGGUUUCAGUGUAUGUGAAAUAUUAUGGAGGACUAUAUCUAUGUGAGCAGCGAUGAUGAUGAAUGGGACAAUCAACAGUAUAAUAAUGACGACGACGACGACGAUGAUGAUGAUGGUGAAUUUCUUGAUGGGUUUACCGAAAUUGAACAAGAGAGAAAUGGAAUCUCCGAAAAGGGUCCUUCAUGCAAGGUAAUCAGGAAAGAGACUCUUUUAGCUGCACAGAAAGAAGACUUGCAAAGAGUGAUGGACUUGCUAUCUCUGAAGGAACAUCAUGCUCGAAGCUUGCUUAUUCAUUACCGAUGGGAAGUUGACAAGGUCUUUGCGGUUCUUGUUGAGAGAGGGACAGAGAAGUUAUAUGCUGAAGCGGGUGUGACACUGGAAGGGAAAGAUGAACAUACUUCCACUCUGUCGACAUCUGAAGUGACAUGUCAAAUUUGCUUCGAAGAUGUCCCUGUUGAGAAGACUACUGUAAUGGACUGCAACCAUAUAUUUUGCAAUGAAUGUUGGACAACUCAUUUCAUUGUAAAAAUAAAUGAGGGUCAGAGUAAACAAGUAACUUGCAUGGCCCAAAAGUGCAAUGUGAUCUGUGAUGAAGGAAAGAUUAGGGAUCUCGUCACUGCAAAAGAUCCUGCUUUGGCAGAGAAAUUUGAUCGUUUUCUGUUAGAGUCAUAUAUUGAUGAUAACAAGAGGGUUAAAUGGUGCCCUAGUGUUCCUCAUUGUGGAAAUGCAAUUCGUAUUGAGGAUGAUGAAUACUGCUGUGAGGUUGAAUGUGCAUGUGGUGUACAGUUCUGUUUUAAUUGUUUAUCAGAAGCGCACUCUCCUUGUUCAUGUCUGAUGUGGAAACUUUGGAUGAAGAAGUGCAAGAACGAUGGUAAGACAGUAACGUGGAUAAGUGAAAAUGCCAAACAUUGCCCAAAAUGUCAUAAUGCCGUGGAGAAGAAUGGGGGAUGCAACCUUGUAAGAUGUAGAUGUGGACAGCCGUUUUGUUGGUUGUGUGGUGGAGCUACUGGUUUAGAACACACAUGGAGUAGCAUUCGAGGUCACACUUGUGGCAGUUAUAAGGAAGGGGAAGAGGAAAAGACGACGACUGUCAGAAAUGAUCUCUUGCGCUAUACUCAUUAUUAUGAGCGCUAUAUGGUUCAUCGUGAUUCGUUGGAGGCUGAAGCAAACAUGAAGCAAAAACUAAAUUUUGAAGUGUUGAAACUUGAAGCGGGGGAAUUGCAAUCAAAGGACUUCAGCUGGGUAGAAAAUGGAUGUAAUAGACUCCUUCAAUUAAGGCGAAUUCUCUCCUGUUCCUAUCCAGUUUCAUUUUACGUUUUUGGUCAGGCGCUGUUCAAGGAUGAAAUGACACCAAAGGAAAGGGAAAUAAAGAAGAACCUUUUUGAAAACCUGCAGCAGCAACUUGAAAUAAAUGUUGAAAGACUUUCAAUGUUCUUGGAAGAACCAUUUGCUGACCAUCCUGAAGAUAAACUUUUGGAGACUAGAAUGAAGAUCAUCACUCUCUCUGUACUAACAGACAACCUCUGCAAAGAGUUGUACGAUUGCAUUGACAACGAUUUACUGCUUCCUCUACAGCAGGCGACUCAUACCAUAGCUCAUUAUAGAUCCGAGGGAGUGGCUAAAGCAUCAGAACUUCCUAAUUAACAUUCCACCAACACUAGGCAUGUGAGCACUCUCAAUCAGAGGCAGGAAAACGAUGCACAUUCCUUUUCUCAUGAGCUGAUCUAGAAUUUUAUGCUAGAGGGUUCUAUUACUACAACAUCUAAUAUUCUUUUGCGACACUUCAUAUGAAUUUAGUCUAGAUUCUUAACUACAUAUAGUUCGAGUUGAAGACAAUGUGUGCAUGUUGGUUUUCGUUUGGUUACAUAUACUAAUAUCUGACUGAAGAAUAAUGUGACAAAAUGGUUCAAACUUGAUACACCAUGCAGCAUUGAGCAAUUUAGAAAAUUUUAGCAUUUGGAUUUGGUUCA